AUGAGGGUGAAGGGGUUUUCUGAUGGCAACAUGGGAAGCUUUGUCGAGGUAAGUCUGUCGGGUAAAUUGUAUGGCAUUGGGCUCAUCGAUGCGGACAGUACAAUGGUCUCGGCCUUGGUCAGUGGAGGACCGGUCUCGUUGUUCUAUGGUUUCAUUGUUGCCUUUAUUGGGGCUGUAUCAACUGCUGCAUCGCUGGGUGAAAUGACUUCAAUGUAUCCUACUGCUGGCGGGCAGUAUCAUUUCAUCGCACGGCUGGCCCCGAAGAAAUGGCAGUACCUCCUCAGUUGGCUGACAGGCUGGAUCGGAACUUUUGGCUGGGUUGCCUUUACAGCUAGUGCACCAUUUCUAGCCGCAACAAUGGUUCAGGGUCUCAUCACCCUCAACUCCGAUUCCUAUGUCUUCCAACGAUGGCACGGUACAAUGAUAUAUUGGGCAUUAUUGAUGGGUUCAGGCGUGAUGAAUAUAUGGGGAACUCGACUGAUGGCUUUGAUUGAGAAUGCUUCUCUCAUCAUUCAUAUCGUCGCAUUCAUUGUCGUAUUCGUCGUCAUGUGGGUGUGUGCUCCAGUCAAACAUUCAGCCAGUUUCGUGUUUACUCUGUUCGAAAACAACUCGGGCUGGUCCAGUGAUGGUGUUUCCUGGAGCAUCGGAAUGCUUUCAAGUUGUUAUGUCUUGGCCGGAUACGAUGGUGCCAUCCAUCUCUGUGAAGAAAUGAUCAACCCGGCGGUCUCUGUACCAUGGUGUAUGCUGGGAUCCCUCGCCGUCAACGGUGUUAUGGGAUUUGCAUUUUUGCUGGCAAUUCUCUUUUGCAUGGGGGAUAUGACGACCGCGCUCAACUCGACGACAGGGUUCCCAAUUAUUGAGAUCUUCAAGAGUGUUACUGGCAGCCCGGCUGCUGCAACUGCAAUGACUUGCACCCUCAUUGUGGUGGCUGCUUUGGCCACCAUUCCGUUGAUGGCAUCGACAGCACGUAUGCUUUGGUGCUUAGCUCGCGAUAAGGCCUUUCCAUUCUCGGAGCAGCUAUCAAAGGUUAGUAAGAAAGAUCGUGUUCCUAUAUGGUCGGUAGCAACUGUCUUUGUAUUCCUUUUCAUUCUGGGCUUCGUCAACAUUGGCUCGACAACGGCGUUCAACGCAAUCCUCUCUCUUGCAGUCUUCGGACUCCAUGUUUCAUAUAUGCUGCCAGUUAUAUUCAUGCUCUGGCGCCGCUUGUGUACACCAGAGAUAUUGACCUAUGGGCCAUGGAAGCUGGGAAGCCUUGGCAUACCGGUCAACAUCAUCUCCUUGAUUUAUCUGGGAUUCACUUGUAUCUUUAUGCUGUUUCCUUCAUAUCAGCCAGUCACACCUGUGAACAUGAAUUAUGCGUCUCUUAUUUUUGGUGUUGUUCUAAUUUUUAGCAUGAUUUACUGGUUUUGGAAGGGCCGAAGGGUAUACGAAGGACCGAUUAUGGAUGGUUCUGGCCAUUAA